AUGGCCACAGAGCAGGCAAAGGGGCAGCGUGGCCCAGACCCAGCCCCUGGUCCCCAGAAGCCACAGGUGGGGGUUGUGGCUCCCGAGAGUGGUGCUGAGGGACAGCCCUUGCCCAGGAGGAGGAGCAAGAGAGAGACGGGGCUCCGAGGGUCCCGAAAGGGCACUGGCAGCUCUGGGGUGCAGACCCCCGUCCAGGACCCCAAGGCCCCCGGGAGCAGCCAGAACCCCUCUAGGACUGAAGAAGGGCAGGAGCCAGCACCUGCAGCCCCCGGGCCAGCCUCUCGUCGCCAGUCCCAUCGGCAUCGCCCCGGCCCCCAGCAUGAUGCUGCUCAGAAGACCUACGGGCCCCUGCUCAACCGCAUCUUCGGGAAGGACCGUGAGCUGGGCCCCGAGGAGCUGGACGAGCUUCAGGCCGCCUUCGAGGAGUUUGACACUGACCGUGACGGCUACAUCGGCUACCGGGACCUGGGCGCCUGCAUGCGGACACUGGGGUACAUGCCCACCGAGAUGGAGCUGAUCGAGAUUUCACAGCACGUCAAGAUGCGAAUGGGGGGCCGCGUGGACUUCGAGGAGUUUGUGGAACUCAUGGGCCCAAAGCUGAGGGAGGAGACAGCGCACAUGCUGGGGGUGCGGGAGCUGCGCAUCGCCUUCCGUGAGUUUGACAGGGACAGGGAUGGACGAAUUACAGUGGCAGAGCUGCGACAGGCAGCACCGGCUCUGCUCGGGGAGCCGCUGGUGGAUCCUGAGCUGGAUGAGAUGCUCCGAGAUGUGGACCGCAACGGAGACGGCACUGUAGACUUCGAUGAGUUUGUGAUGAUGCUUUCCAUUCACUGA